CGCGCCUCCAGAGGACUACACCUCCCAGCAGCCCCCGGGGCGAGGCCUCUAGCCCCCCCAUCCGGGCCCCGCCCCCUGGCAGGACUCCAUCUCCCGUGAGCGCUUGCGGGCGAGGCCCCCCCCGCCCCGUGCCGGGCUGUCCGAGCGGUGCCUGCAGGCUGCGGCGGGUGGCCGGGUGCGAGGCAGCCGGGGCGAUGCUGGAGGAGGCGGGCGAGGUGCUGGAGUCGGUGCUGAAGGCCUCGUGCCUGCCGCUCAGCUUCCUGCUCUUCGUGCCGGCCGUGCUGCUGCUGCUGGGGCCGCCGCCCGCCGCCGAGGCCGCCCACGAGUUCACGGUCUAUCGCAUGCAGCAGUACGAGCUGGGCGGGCAGCCCUACGGCACCAGGAAUGCAGUGUUAAACACAGAGGCCCGCACUGUAGAGGCGGACGUGUUGAGCCGCCGCUGCGUGAUGAUGCGGCUAGUGGAUUUCUCGUAUGAGCAGUACCAGAAGGCUCUCCGCCAGUCAGCUGGGGCCGUGGUGAUCAUCUUGCCCAAGGCCAUGUCAGCAGUGCCGCAGGAUGUUGUCAGGCAAUUCAUGGAGAUAGAGCCAGAAAUGCUGGCCAUGGAAACCAUUGUGCCGGUCUAUUUUGCAGUAGAGGAUGAAGAGCUGCUCUCCAUCUAUGAACAAACACGGGUUGCUUCUACAUCACAGGGUUCGGCUUCAGCUGCUGAAGUUCUGCUGCACACGGCGACUGCCAACGGCUUCCAGAUGGUUACGAGUGGGGCUCAGAGCAAAGCUAUCAGUGACUGGCUCAUAACCAGCCUGGAGGGGAGGCUGACUGGUCUGGGAGGAGAGGAUCUGCCCACCAUUGUAAUAGUUGCCCAUUAUGAUUCUUUCGGCGUGGCCCCAUGGCUGUCUCAUGGUGCAGACUCCAACGGCAGUGGCAUCUCUGGGCUAUUGGAGCUAGCCAGGCUCUUUUCUCGACUCUACACCUACAAACGUACCCAUGCUGGGUAUAAUCUGUUGUUCUUUGCAUCUGGAGGUGGUAAAUUUAACUAUCAAGGAACCAAGAGGUGGUUAGAAGACAACUUGGAUCACACAGAUUCCAGUUUGCUGCAGGAUAAUGUGGCAUUUGUUCUGUGCCUUGACACCCUGGGCAGAGGGAACAGUCUUCACCUCCACGUCUCAAAACCUCCUAAGGAGGGGACCCUGCAGCAUGCUUUUCUGAGGGAGCUGGAAAUGGUGGUCGCGAGCCAGUUUCCGGAAGUGAAAUUCUCCAUGGUGCACAAGAAGAUAAACCUGGCUGAGGACAUGCUGGCAUGGGAGCAUGAACGCUUUGCAAUCCGCCGCCUGCCUGCAUUCACCAUUUCCCACCUGGAGAGCCACCGGGACGGCCCGCGCAACAGCAUCAUGGACAUGAGGUCACGAGUUGACUCUAAGACUCUAACCCGUAACACCAGGAUCAUUGCUGAGGCAUUGACUCGGGUCAUCUACAACCUAACUGAGAAGGGAGCGCCUGCUGACCUGCAGAUCUUCACAGAGCAGAUGCAGAUUCAGCAGGAGCAGCUGGAGUCUGUGAUGGACUGGCUGACCAGUCAGCCCAGAGCGGCCCAGCUUGUAGAUAAAGACAGCACCUUCCUCAACACCUUAGAAUAUUACAUGAGCCGCUAUCUGAAGGAUGUCAAGCAGCAUCAUGUGAAGGCAGAUAAACGGGACCCUGAGUUUGUUUUCUAUGACCAGUUGAAGCAGGUGAUGAACGCAUACAGGGUGAAGCCAGCAAUCUUUGACCUGCUCCUGGCUCUCUGUAUAGCAGUCUACCUCGGAGUUGCCUAUGUUGCAGUCCAGCACUUUGGUCUCCUUUACAAGACGGUACAGAGAUUAUCCCUUAAAUCCAAGCAGCAGUGAAGUGGCAAAUCACCAACCCAUCGAGCAGCACUGAGCCACCCGUGAGCCCAGCAGGAGCUUCUGCCUUCCACUGGCUCCUGCCAUUUCUCCCUCUCUCCUCUAACCAUCCUGGAGGAAAGCAGAGAUUAACAGAACUUUCAACUCUUGUGCACUGUUUUUGGGUCUCCCCCCAACUUGUCCAUUUUCCUUCAUUUUGUGGCGAGGGAGAUGCGCAGAGACUCAGUCAAUCCGUGCAGAUUGUUUAAACACUGAAUGGCUGAUGCAAAGUUCCCUCCGAACAAGAAGUUUCUGUAAGUGUGAAGGUGCUGAACCUGGUUUCACAGGCAUGUGCCAUACAGCCAGCUUGGAGGCUGAAUCCACAGGGCAAGGGGAUGGACAGCUCGGCCCAGCCAACUGGACUCAGAGCACUCGUUUUUUAAAAAAUGUGCACAUGUAAAUUAAAAGAUAAUUAUUAGCGCGUUUCAUACUGCACCUCUUCCUUCUCAGCAAGCAGUGUCUUCAGCAAACCGCUUAUUGCAUUUUCUUUGGACAGUGCAAUAACCGGUUCUCCUUUUGGAAGUGCACUGUAAACGAUCUUGACUGUUAAUCUGAUUGGGAAAUGAGAAAGGAUCAUUAACUGGUUGCCACAGUAGGAUUCCUUCCAUAGCAUGUUUUGCUCCCUCAGCUGGAGGCUGCAUUCCGCUGUGCCCAGGUUCCUCUGAGGUUGAUAUCCCUCAGUUUGAUGCUGUUGCCACUCUGUGCUUAACUCUCACUGAUGUGUGCAGGUGUGUGGUGUUCUUUUUUUUUUUUUUUUUAAGGGGUUCCUAAGUUUAUAGUUGCUGCCGGAUCAGGUCUCAAGCCAUUCUGUAUAUUUAAACACUUUGAUGGUUAGAUUAAUAAUAUAAGCAGGAGCGACUUAGUUCCUGUCAUGAUCUCCGGUCAGUAAUCCAUUCGCUUCCAUUCCUUUCUCUUUCCACUUGCAGUUGGGCAGAUUUUAGUCUUGUUCAUCUCAGGGUCUUGUUUAGCAUUUCUCAUCACUAUUCUUUAUAAAACACUGGUCCUAGCCUAAUAGUAUUGGUAACUUGCCAAGGCUCUGUUGUUGCUUCCUUUACAUGCACCCUGUGGUAUGUUUGGAGGGAGGUGGGAUGUUAGUGGUGAUUUUUAAGAAGGUUUUAUGAAAAUGUCAUUAAACAUUACUGUUUUCAGAUUGUAGCUAAGAGCACGUGUUACAGCUGGAGCUCACCUGUUCUCCAGUACUUUUUUUCUCAAGCAAGAUCUUACUUCUUCUGUUUGCUAAUACAUAACGAUGGGGAAAUUACACUGUUGCCCAAAGCUGUUGUUAAUGCAUGUGCAGAGGCCUGGGAAUUUUCCAGUCUAGACAGACAAAUGCCAAAGUAUGCUCUCUCUCCAUUUUAAACCCCUCUGAAUUUCACAGCCUCAGGUAAGUGGAACACUGUGUCUUGCAACCAUUUUCUGAUGAUUCCCCAGGCUGCUUAGCAGAGUAGGUGCAGCAGUGUGGUAACCACCAUGUUCCUACAUGGAAACCUCUCAAGACCUUUCCCAAAAGUUGUAAGUUAAUGGCAUCUGUAGAUGGCACUUUAAAGACCCAAAUCUCCUGCAGGCAACAGCAAUCUAACAUUUAAAAUACUUUCUGUAGUUACUGUACUUCCAUGCAUAGAUCUAGUACUUCUACAAGCUAAGAUGACUCUCUUUAUUUAAAACACCGCUUUCCAUUUGAGGCUGAAUUUCGAUCUUUUGUGGCUUGGAGUUGAACUAUCCACCUUCCUGUAAGCAAGAAAAACAUUAGCUGAGUGUCCUCAUUUGCAUUAUUCACUGAACAUGGAUUAGCUAGGAAAAAGUGGUGGAUUGUAGCCAGAUGCCCUUAGUAGUAUUGUCCUUUGGAUAGGGAUUGAAACCCUGAUUUUUCAACCAUCUUUUUUUUAAAAAGCAAGAGAAAAUGCACCUUGCCCAAGGCUCUUCACGCUAUUGCCAAGCUUUCGAAUCCACAGUGGCUCACUCUAACGGGCCUGAUUAGCAGAAGCACUUGCUGAGUUACUGCAGCUCCCAGUGACAUUCGAUUGGUAUCAUAGGUGCCCAGUGCUUCUGAAAAUCAGGCCCUCGAGAGACGUGCCUUUUGCUAGCUCUUGGGUGCUUCCUUAAAAUAGGUUCCACUGUGCGUUUGGUGGUUUUAGCAUCACCUCUGGACAAGCCCUUCCUAAUGGAUUUGAAGCCUGUUUCCUUCUUGCUUUGGAAUAGUUGGAGGAAAAAUUUGACUGCCAUUAGCUUUUAUGCCUUGUAACAUUUUAUGCCCUGCAUGCAGCAGCUGGGAGGAGCAAUUGCACGGAGAGUCCUGCUCAGCCUUAGGAUGGAGCAUGCCCAUUACAGAUAGUCUGACAGGUAGAUGCUCCUAAGAUUGUAAACCCUUACUGAUCAUGUGCAUACGAAGAUGUUUCAGAGGCUUAUAACUGUGUUGCAACUUGCUAGUGCUCUACACCCCAAGGAAUGUCUCCUUUCCUUCAUCCCAGCUCAUUACUGAACCAGGCUUGCUGGGACACCGUUACUCCAUUUAGAACAGCUAAUAGGAAGUAAGUUAUGAGCAAUCCUGCUUUAAUUCACUUUAAUAUAAGUAAUAUUUACUAAUAGUGGGCAGAAACGAACAGAGCCAGUGUACUCGCAUACGCAAUGAAAAGCCCAUUCUGGCAUCUUCAAGACAAGAAGAGACUGAAGCUCAUAGGUGCUGGAAUUAGGGGUACGGGGGUGCCGCAGCUUGAAGUGGUUUCCAUCAUAUUCAGGGUUUACAGUUUGGUUCAAUGGCGCUCAGCAGCCCGCCUAUACAAGUUGUUCCAGCGUCUGCUGAAGCCUGAGAGUAACAAACAUCUCCGCCAGCGUGAACAAUUGAUUGCAGCUCUGAUCCCUUCAAGGUUGUAGUAUUAAACCAACUGUUUACAGCUCUUUACAUGGUGGGAAAUCAAUACCAGAAGUUCCUGAUAAUGUGAAAUAACAUAGUGGCAGUUAUCUUAAACCAAGGAGGGUAGGGCCACAAGGUUACAAUGCAUAUUCAAAGGCAUUGGUGGAACAAUGACCUGUUCUCUCCAGAGUCAAAGCAAUUUACCCUGUGAUCUCAUUUAGGCAUGCCUAGCCCUAUCCUGUCACUAUAGAAAGUAAGUUCAGCUCAUGGUAAUUAUUGCAGCUAGGGGCAUUGCAUUGCUGAUCACAGUGUUCCUGCUGAUACCAAAGCAUUCAUAUAUUCCUCAAUGUGCGAUAGCAGAAUUACAGCCUCCUCACAGCUGAAGCAGAAAGUGGCUGCCACUUUUUGAUCUAUUUAAAUCAGGUAUAAACAUUUAACAGAGAGGGUAAUGAACCACUGGAACAAUUUACCAAGGGUUGUGGUGGAUUUCCCAUGACCACUUUAAAAUCAAGAUGGGAUGUUUGUCUAAAGAUCUGCUCUAUUAAUUAUUUUGGGGACGUUCUCCGGCUGUAUACAGAAGCUCAGGUUAGGUGAUCGCGGUGGUCCCAUCUGGCCUUGAAAUCUUUCAGUGUAUGAAUGCAGUCUUGUACUCUCAUCCCACUAUUGCAGGUCCCUGAAAUUAAAAUGUCUUAUUGCUGGGAGUUGUCAGUUUUGCUGGGUUCCCCUUGCAAAGUCAAACUGGAAACUUCCAACCAAUCCGUGUGCCGUCCCUUGCGUUGUUUUGUAACAACGAAAAGUGAUGAUGCUGCACCAGGCAGUUUCAGAUUUCACAGUAUCUGCUUAAUCUUCCCAACCAUAAAAUACCAUACAGGAAGAAAUCCAGCCACCGUUUGUCUGAAUGUAAUAGAUUCCAAGGCCGGAAGGGACCACUGUGAUCUCUCAGGUAUAUCUGCAGGGCAUGGGCCAUGGCUCACCCUUAGCCUACCCAUGUGCCCUGUCUCUGCUUUUGGUUUGCCUGGCAGAAGUAAUAAUUAAAAUGGGUAACCAAGUUCAUGCAGGUGGGACAAGAUUAUGCCUUAGCUAAAAUGCAACUAUGGGACAAUGCUGCUAGCAUCCUUCUCAACUUUCCCUGCUAUCUUAAGGCUAUGAAACAGCACUUACUUACGCUUUCCAAACAGGCUUUGUCUAUUGCCACCAUUUUUCAGUCUCUCUGCUCACACAGACUGCUGGGGAGGCUAUACACACGUAACUUGCUCCCGUGCAGCCUGUGUUACUACAUUUAAGAAUGUUUUUAUUUUAACUUCCCUAUUUUGCACACAAGAAAAUCAGUCCAGAGUGAUUAGGUUUGAGGAGGAUAGAUUCCUUGAACAAUAGUGAUUGGUUUUUGCCAGUAGAAUUAGUAAUCCCCACACUGUUUUUGAGUUUAUAAUCUCUGCAAGAAGGGAAGAAACUCUAGAAGUUAUCACCGCAGCUCUGUCCUGUGGAGUCUGGUGUAUAAUAAUUGCGGUAGAAAAAGUUUACAUAUAAUGGGCCAAAUUUUGCAAUCUUGAAUUGAAACUCAGACAGCAAUGCAUUAAGAUUGAACUAAUCCCUUUAAGCAAACUCCCCUUGAAUUCAGUAAGAGUUUUGCUUGAUUUAAGGAUGGCAGAAUUUGGCCAGGCAAGAGAGUUUACUGUGCUGAAAAGCUGGCUAUCUUGAAAACCUGCCACAUACAAACUACCUCCAAUACUUAAUCCUAUGCUUGUACCUUCUAGUGUUACCAAACUUAAUACUCUGCACGUGCAAAAAGGACUUUUCAAACACUGAGCUUAGUUAUAUUUAGGUGCAAAUUGAAAGGGGGUUCUACUCAUUGAGGAUGAGCCAAUAUGAACAUUUUAAAUUGUAGAUUUCUGCUACUUUUUAGGGGGAGGGGGUGAGCAAAACAACCCAAACAAACCACCAACAAAAAACAAACAGAAAACCCAUAACACGCACCAAACCAAAUUGGCUUAAAAUGAGCAGUGCAUGCUUUUUUUCAGCUACCCAUAACACAAAAGCAUCUGGAUACAUUUUUGCUUAUAAAUUCCAAAACUGUCUCAUCUGUACUGUGAUGAAGAAUGGAUAAUUUCAGCUGAAUUUAUCUUUUGAGCAUGUAAAAAUGAGGUUUAAAUUAAAGUCUUGAUGGUUGCCUCAACUUACUUGGCUCACUGCUAUAAUUAUUUUUUAGGCUUUGUGCAAUUCACUGGCUUUUCUGGCUUCCUAAAUGAAGCCCCCAGAACUCAUUCAUCUAGGAUAACCCAACUACUGGCCGUGUCAGCAAUUGCAUAAAGACUUCUUCCAUCUAGCAGAUCCAGCACAUUAUCUGAAAGGCCAAAAAGAAUGCUUAAAGGGGUUAGUUAAAUCUUAAUGCCGUUCUAUCUGAGUCCUGGGGCUAGUCACAAUGUAUUUUGAGUGCUUAACUUUCUGUUGUGGCUUUGCCGGUUGCUUUUAAAAGUAAGCCUCUCAGCUUCCUCUCAUAAGUAAGCCUCUCACCCGUUGGACAUGGGUCUUCCAGCCUCCAACCCAAAGCUGCAUGUUGUCUGCCCCGUAUAAUUCAGUAGUUGAAGAUCCUGUCCCUGCUUGUGAAAACCCUGAGCAACACCCUGAUUUUUCUAACAUCCUACAUCUAUUAACGCUUAAUCUGUAUCUACCAAUUUGCCAGUUCAGGAGUAACCAACAUAACCUUCCACCACCUCAUCUUGGCUGUCCUGGAGCAGCUGUCAGUGAGCCACGGGAGGCAUUGCUCUCUUCCUGUCGAGGCAUGAUUAGAGGCACACUAACAUUCUUAGCCCCCAAUAACCUGCAAAACCAAGUCUGGAUUUCUUUGCACAUAAAUGGAAAAGGUGCUAGGCCACCGGCCUGCUUCUCUGCAAGUGCAGAGCACUAGCUCUAGUUCAUCAGACUAUUCCUGUGCUACCAAUGCUAGGCUACAGAGCUGUUCCACGGUAACACUAAUCCUGCAUUUUUUGUGUGCGCCCGUUUUCAUGAUAACGGUUCUUCUAGACUUGUGCAUCUGUUGUUGUUUGGCAGGUACCACUCAGUUCUGGCCAUUCUCCAUUGGAGGAAGGAGUACAAUCAAUACACAUAGGCACAAAUGGUGAAUUUUUAUUUUCACUGCCAGAGAUGUUUUUUAAUUUACUGCAGAGACUUGUUGGGUUUUUUGUGUCUCUUUCCGGAAUCACUCAAUGCAUUUAAUUAGGGGACGUGCAUUAUGGAGAGAAAAUGUUCUGGAAAAGAAAAAUAAAAUCAUUAUCAGUA